UUCCACAAUUUUUAUACAAAAGAAAACCAGAACAAACCGCCCCCUCGAAAAUUAAUAAUUAGGGAGAGUGACGAACAUAUAGAUUACGCACACUCUCCCACCAAUGGAUGGGCUCCCAAGACCACCUGCCCAUGGCAAGUAUGACUUCCAUACAAAUAGGCCUAGGCAACAAAAGACCAGUUUCAUAAAAUGGUUUUGCAUCGCUUUUGGUCUAAUACUUCUACUUUCAUUGGGUAUUUAUGCCAUAACCUUAUUAGUUGUCUUCAAAAAGGCGCAGGUGCCAAAUUUCCAGGUUAAAAAUGUACAAGUUUCGAAAUUUAGUGUUGCUCAUGUGUUAACCGAUCAAGAAAAAGUAUUAUCAACUAAUCUUGAAUUUUUCUUUGAAUCCGACAACAAAAACCCUUUACUUGGUGUUGAUUUUGGGAAUAUGGUGAUGGAGACAACUUGGGAUGAUAUUGAGGCACAUUUAGGAGAAACACACGUCCAAAAUUUUGUGCAAAAGUCUAAGGGUGUAUCAACGUUAAAGGUUAGUACCAAAGGUGAGGUUGAAUUAACAAAGGAUGUGAAAAAGGAGGAUUUGAAGCUUGAUUUGUUCCUUAGUGGGAAUCUUAAAUUCUUUUCUGGUCCUUUCAACACCAAAGUCUUUCCUUUCAUGAUCUCAUGCAAUGAUAUUUCUGGUGUUUCAACUAAUGCUGCUUGUGACUCCAAAAUGUUCACCACAGGCAAACCUCAAAAACCAACACCAGCCAAGAAGCCUAAGCCACCAACACCAAAAGCAAAGCCAGCUCCAGCUGUGGGAGAGCCACCUGCGGAAGAGCCGACUGCUGGAGCGCCAGCAGCGGAAGCACCAGCUGCUAAAGAGCCAGCUGCCGCAGAGGGCCCAACGCCACCACCACCGGAGUCUUUCCCACCAGUCAAACUCACCAUCCAAGACAAAUCUGUAAGCUCGACUUUAGUGUUGUUCAUGCAGGUGAUAAUGGAUAAUGGAUUUCUGCAAGCCACAAUUUCCAAACCAGCUGGAUAUGUCACUGGCAUUAAAUACAAUGGAAUUGAUAACAUUCUUGAUACAGUUAAUCCAGAAGAUGAUAGAGGGUAUUGGGACGUUGUUUGGGCUCCACCAGGUACAAAAGGAACCAAAGGAAAUUUUCAGAGGAUAAUAGGUACAGAAUUUCGAGUAAUUAUUGACAGAGAAGAUCAAUUAGAAUUGUCAUUUAAAAUACUAUAUGAUCCUGCCAAAGAUGCUAAAAAGGCAGCUCCAAUGGAAAUAGAUCAAAGGUAUGUGAUGCUCCGUGGAGUAUCAGGCAUUUACGCCUACGGUAUUUUUGAGAGGGCAGCUUGGGCUCCUUUUGGUAUGCCAAAUGCUAGGCUUGCUUUUAAGCUUCAACGACAACAGUUUAGAUACAUGGUGAUAGCAGAUAAUAGGCAAAGAGAAAUGCCUGUUCCUGAGGAUCGUAUGAAACCUAGAGGUCAAGAGCUUGCUUAUCCUGAAGCAGUCUUGUUGGUUGAUCCUACUGAUGCAAAGUUUAAAGGAGAGGUGGAUGACAAGUACCAGUACUCAGAGGAAAGCCAAGACAUUCGGGUGCAUGGGUGGAUCUGUAGAGACCCGCCUAGUGGAUUCUGGCAGAUAACUCCCAGCUUUGAGUUCCGUUCGGGAGGGCCCAAUAAACAAUUCCUUACCUCUCAUGUCGGCCCAUCCACCCUUGCUAUGUUCGUAAGUGCUCACUAUUCAGGAGAGGAGCUAGUCCCAAAAUUUGAAGAAGGAGAACCAUGGAACCAUAUUUAUGGUCCUAUUUUUAUGUAUAUGAAUAAUGCAACCAAGCAGGAGAAUAUUUCUAUGCUUUGGGAUGAUGCUAAACGAAAGAUGUCAUCUGAAGUCGAAAAAUGGCCAUACAGCUUCCCAGCAUCAGAAGAUUUCCCCAAAGCCAAUGAAAGAGUUAAUGUUACUGGUAAAUUUUUUGUUCAUGACAAAUAUAAAAGCAAAGAACGGGAACCAGCCAAAAAUGCUUUUAUCGGAUUGGGCCCUCCGGGAGAGGCAGGAUCUUGGCAAAGAGAUUGCAAGACUUAUCAAUUUUGGACACAAACAAAUGAGGAAGGAAGUUUCACAAUUCCUUUUGUACGUGUUGGAAGCUACAAUCUUUAUGGUUGGGUCGAUGGUUUUAUCGGGGACUUUAAACACGAUACUCCCAUCAACAUAAGCAUAGGUAAAAAUGUGGAUGUGGGUGAGGUUGUGUUCGAGCCACCAAGGGAUGGACCGACCCUAUGGGAAAUAGGUAUUCCCGAUCGUGUUGCUCAAGAGUUCCACAUCCCUGAUCCUAAUCCGAAGUAUGUGAAUAAACUCUAUGUCAAUCACCCUGACAGGUUUAGGCAAUAUGGUCUAUGGGAAAGAUACUCAGAAUUGUAUCCAAAGGAUGACUUAGUCUAUGAUGUCAAGGCCAGUAAUUACUCAAAGGAUUGGUUCUAUGCUCAAGUCACAAGGCCCAUAGGUGCAAGGUAUAACGGAACCACAUGGACAGUGAAAUUCAGUCUCGAUAAUGUGGAAUCGGGUGCAACCUAUAAGCUCAGAGUGGCAAUUGCCUCGGCCACCAAUUCUGACUUGGAGAUUCGGUUCAAUAAGGCGAAACCAAAUCCUCCAAUCUUCAAAACAGGGAGAAUAGGGAAUGAUAAUUCAAUUGCAAGACAUGGUAUUCAUGGACUUUAUUGGCUUUACAACGUUGAUGUAAAAGGAAGUGAACUCAACAAAGGCGACAAUACUCUAUUAUUGACUCAAACAAAGGGAGUUAGCCCAUUCCAAGGGAUUAUGUAUGAUUAUCUUCGUCUUGAAGGCCCUCCAACUAGUCCGAAAUGAAGAUAUACAAAAAAGAGAGAAAACUAACCCACUAACUAAAAGUACCAAAACAUCGAUUUUUAUCCCCAAAAAAAUAUUUACCAUGCUCAAUCUGUAAUAUAAUAUGGUCAAAGACAAAUAUUUUUGGGGGCUAAUUUAUCUAACCUUUUGUGAGUUUCAGUUUAUUUUCGGCCAUCAGUUUAAACGAUGUGUAUAUUUAUUUCUCUUUAGUAUAGAAAGAUGAGGAAAUGUUUGCCAUGAAA